CCCCCAUUAGCUGGCACGCAGCGCGGGCGCCGGUGGAAUGAACCCGGACCCGGGCACCCGCCGCCAGGACCCCGACUCGUCCCCGCCAGCCCGGGCCGCGCCCCCCGCCGCGGCCGCGCCGCCGCCCCCGCCGCCCGGCCCCCAGUGCCCGCCCCCCGAGGCCCGCGGCCACUACGACCAGCUGCUGCUUCUGCUGCUACUGCAGUGAGCGCCGCCUGCGCCCGCCUUUGUCCCCCGGCCGCGCACCGGGAGGCGGGGGCGCGCGGGGCUGUGUCCGGCGGCCGCAGCCGAUGCCGCCGCGCGCCGCCCCCGCCGCCGCGCCGCCCUCCGAGGUUGCGUCCGGGGAAGGCCUGCCCCGCCGAGCUGCGCGCGUUUCCAUGGAGGCGCCCCGGCCGGCCGCGGCGGGGUGCGCCGCCCCGGGGGAUCGCGGCGAAGACGCCCCCGAGGGGACCCUCGACGGGGAGCCCGCGCCGCGCCCCAGCCCCGAGGCUCCGUCGCCCGAGCCGCCCGCCUACCGGCUAGAGGACUUCGAAAUGCUGGCCAUCGUGGGCACAGGGACAUUUGGACGUGUGCACCUGGUCAAGGAGAAGGCGGCCCAGCAGUGCUUCGCCCUGAAGGUGAUGAGUAUCCCUGACGUGAUCCGGCUGAAGCAGGAGCAGCACGUGUACAAUGAGAAGUCUGUGCUCAAGGAAGUCAGCCACCCGUUUCUGGUCCGGCUGUUCUGGACGUGCCACGACGAGCGCUUCCUCUACAUGCUGAUGGAGUUUGUGCCCGGCGGGGAGCUCUUCACCUACCUGCGGAACCGUGGCCGCUUCACCAGCAACACGGGCCUCUUCUACUCCGCGGAGAUCGUCUGCGCCAUCGAGUACCUGCACUCCAAGGAGAUCGUUUACAGGGACUUGAAGCCGGAAAACAUAUUGCUGGAUAAAGAGGGUCACAUCAGGCUCACCGACUUCGGAUUUGCAAAAAAGCUGGUGGACAGGACGUGGACACUCUGUGGGACUCCAGAAUAUCUUGCCCCCGAAGUGAUCCAAAGCAAGGGCCACGGGAGAGCUGUGGACUGGUGGGCGCUGGGCAUUCUCAUUUUCGAGAUGCUUUCAGGGUUCCCUCCAUUUUUUGAUGACAACCCGUUUGGCAUUUAUCAAAAAAUUCUUGCAGCCAAAAUAGAUUUCCCCAAACACUUGGAUUUCCAUGUAAAAGACCUCAUUAAGAAACUGCUGGUUGUUGACAGAACAAGGCGAUUAGGAAACAUGAAGAAUGGAGCAGAUGAUGUGAAACGACAUCGGUGGUACCGAACCAUAGACUGGGGAGCCGUCCCACAGAGAAAAUUGAAGCCACCCAUCGUGCCCAAAAUCUCCAACAAUUGCGAUACCUCAAACUUCGAAUCUUACCCCGAGGAUGAGUGGAACGAGAUUUCUCCCAUGCCGCCAAAAGAUUUGGAAAUCUUUAAGAACUUCUGAGAACAGGAAUCCACAGCUGGAAGAAACAGGGACCCUUGAGCCUGCCUGGAUUGGAAAGCACAUACAGGCACACGAAGAAAAUAUCUUCCUGGUGUGGAUAAAGACAUUUCCUCAUUUAUGUAAAUCCAUUUGUAUAUAAAGAGAUUGGAGAGCAAUUGAUAUUCAUGAACUUAGCAUUAUUUAAGCAACUGGAAAUCUACUGCACAGUAGGAAAACUGGUUUUGUUUUCGAUUUUAUCUUAUACUUUAGUGUUGGGUUCCUAUUGUGAUAUCUCAAUUUUUCUCAUAGACUUAACUUUAUAAAUUUGAACUAAACUAGUUCAGUCAUAACCACAGACCGUGUGUGUGUGCGUGUGUGUAUGUGUGUGUGUAAAGAAGAUAAUAUCACUGACGCACAGAAUUUCGGCAAUGAUAUAAAUGUACUUUGCAGCGCCUCUAAUUUUUAUUUUUCAAAUGUGUUUUUCUCUCAAGAAUCUAUUCUCUAGGGUGGGGGAACUAAAAAUAUGAUUUACGCAUGUUUUAUCAUCUCAGAUGCAUUUUAUAGUUAUUUAUGAAGAAAAUAUUAUGUGGAGGUUUACAUCUAAUAUCUCCAGGGCUUCAUAUCUGUUAACUUUGGCCUUAGAAGCAGUAGGAAAGAGAAGAGGAUAUCAGACUUUAGUCCAAGAAUAUCUGACGACAAUGCAAAGUCAUUCAAGGAACUUAGCAAUUUUCUGUAUCUUGUUCAAAAACUUAUAAUACAAUGGCUACCUAUUGUAUUAUAGGCUACCUAAAUUUCAAUAAAUUUUAAUAAUACAA